UCCAUAGAUGAUUUUCCUUUAUACAUCGGUUAUUGAUUAACUGUGUUUAGGAUGAUGCUCUUUUUCAUCAUACCGCAGCUUCAUGCAUGCUUAUUUGCUAUCAGUUUGCAGCCAACAUGUUAGUUGCCUACCUUCUUUGUCCAGUAAAUAAGAGCUAGGAUAUUUAUGGAUUAUGUUUAUCUUACACAUCAAAGUUUUUGAAGCUAUUUGCAUAAUGGAAGAUGAUCUCUCUUCUGUACAUAUGUCUGAACGGGGAAUCGAGUUUGUUCUAGCUACUUAAUAGUCUCCUAAUCAGUAUGCUUUUUCUUAAAGCUAGGACAACUGGGGUGUAUUUUCAUAGCUUGGUACUAAUGGAUCACGAACCUAGUACCACAAGAAGUGACCUGGAGAGCAUGCUACUUGAUGAAGCAUCGGAGCCCAAGGCCCAGCCAUUAUCAAUUUUGGCAGAAGUUACAAAUGAUUUCGCUGAUAAGCAGGAAAUUGACGGAGGUGGUUUUGCGGUGCUAUGUAAGGUAUGUACAGAGAAAAAUCUCCGAUGUGGGGUCUCAUCGGUGACUAUAAUUCCCCGUAAGUAGUGGGAGGGGGGUCGGUCACGAGGAAGGACUAGAGGUUAGCGGUGAGAUGAAUUUGCCAAGGAAUUACUAGAGGCGACGAAUUUUUCUUUUGAAGGUCCUUAGAUUUAAUCAUCGGAGAGGAGGAAUACAAGGUAAAGAAGAACAAUGGGAGGUUGGGGGAGGAUGAUAGCGGAGGAGAGAUGAGGGCGGAAGUGUGAGUCUCGUGGUGCCUUAUAUAGGCGGAUUCCCAGCGCAUGGUGGACGUAACGUAGUGCACACGACAGCAAUGACGGUGAUAACAGAGCAUCUCCGGUGUGAUAGGCAUGCUUGGAAGAUGUGCCUAAGGGAGCAGAGUGAGACCAGGGUCCAGGGCUUGGCUUCUUGCCGUUGGAAGCAAGACCUGAGCAAGGAGAGAGAGAGAGUGAGAGAGUGGAGGUUAGCGUGCUGGAGGGAUGGGUUAGGAGGAGGUAGAAGCGGUCAACAGGGAAGCAACCCCAGUCUCCAAUACGGCCAAUAAUAAAGAUCACAGCAGGGAUGUAUAUUAUUGACUUGAUAUGUUCCCUGGAUGCUCAUCCAACAGAGCCAUGUUGUUACACAGGAUUAUAGCAGGUGAUUCGAAAGGAAACAUUCACACUUGGAACUAUCAGACGCAGGAACCAAUGGACUCAUUUGAAGUCUCAGAGCAAGAGCCUAUAGAGGCUAUUAAAUUUGUUGCAAGGAAGCAGUGGGUGCUGGCUGGGACAUCUGAUGGCUUCGUCCAUGUGUACCACUGCGACUUUGUAACAGAACCGCAAAGGAUCACGAGUUUCAGUGCAAGCAGCUUUGAUUCACUAGCCGUUCAUUCAAGCAAGCGCUAUGUGUUUUCAUCAGGGUGGGGCAUGACGCUUUGGGACUGGGACAAGGGCUGGCAGUGCGCACACGAUUUUGACUAUGUCGCAAAUGAAGUUGCAUUUAACCCACAUGACGCCAACAGUUUCGCGAGUGCGGCGUAUGGUGCAAAUGCAGAGAUUUGGAGCCUUGAUUCCGGUCGCCAAGAAUAUGAUCUUCCUGGGCAUUCCAAGGGUGUGAACUGCCUUGAUUUUUUCACACGUGAUGGUCGACAGUAUUUGAUCACUGGUUCUGAUGAUUGUACUGCCAAGAUAUGGGACUUGCAGAACAAGUCCUGCAUUCAUACACUGGAAACUAUGUCUCCAGUUACAUCUGUCGUUUCCCUUCCAGAUGCUCCGUAUCUGAUUACAGGAUCAAAAACUCACAUUGUUCAUGUGUGGAGCUCAACUGAUUUCCGGUUGGAGAGAAUUGUUAACAUUGGCGGUGGCAUGUGGAGUGGAAGUGAUGAUUUGGGACGUGUUCACAGUCUUGUGUGUUGUUUGGUGGGUUCACGAAGUUUAUGCGUGGGUGUGCUGAGGACUAAAAACAGAUAUUGUCUUGCUACUGACGAGCUCGACUUGAUGUGACAACUCUACGUCCGAUUGAAGAGGCUGAGAUUUAAUUCAGAAGACAAAGUCUUCACCUUAUUCUCCUUGAUCUAAGAUCACUUAGACCUUUCCCAAACACUCGUGGUAAAUUUCCAAGGAAGACUUCAGAAACCUUCACAAACUCGUUCCCCGGCAAUCAAUAAUUGAUUCUUGGAUGCUACGAACAUAAUGCUUAACCUCUUAGAAGAUCACAAUAUUCAAUGGUAAUAAUUCUUCAAUUCA